AAAUAAAUAAAAUUUGAAAUUUCAUUGUUUAUUCAUUCAAUAUCUGAAUUGAUUGUGAAUUGUGUUUAUCAAAUCCAAUUAUAAAUUUUCAGAACAAAUUCCAAAAUUAAACAAUGGAUGAACUUAAAAACCUUAACAAUAUUCCCGAUCGUCAUGACGUUAAAACUGAAAAUAAUAUAAAGAGUAAUACUUCGGAAUCCGAUUCCUCCACCGAUAGUGAAGACGAUUCAAAUGAUGAAAAUUCUUUUCAAGUAGUCAUGAAUCAACAACAACAACAACAAACCGCUGAAACUAAUUCAAAAAUAGAAGAAUCCUCGAAUUCAAGUAAACAUAAACAUGGUCCAUUGAAACGUUCGUUUACUCCUUUGAAACAAUUUUCAUUGACAAAAUUUAGGCCAAUAAAUUCAUCGGUGGCAAAUGUACCAUUUGAUUUUGCGACAUCAUCUUUACAUUAUUCAAUGGAUAAUUUGAAAAAUUUGACGGCAAAUAGAAUGAAAUUUCGCAAAGGAAAUAUGUUUCGACGAAAUGUUAAAACUGCCGAUGUAAGUUCAAAUAUAAAUAACGAAAUCGAUUUCGUCUCUCGCAAUAAUAAUGGAAACAAUGAACAACAGCAACAAGUGAUUUUUGGCUAUGUAAAUGAAAAUGAAGAAAAAUCCGAAAUUCAAAAAACUGAUCAAAACCAGCAUAAAGGAUCUCCACAGCCGUACAACAAAAAAACAUUAUUGGGAUCAGUCGGCAAAUCGAAUAAUAUUCAAGAAGAUGAAAUUUCUCAAACAAUUCCAUCUGGUGAAUCAUUGAUGAAGAUUGAAAUAUCAUCGGAAAAUACUGAAAAGCCAUCAUCAAAUCUUAAUGACGGAGCCUUUCAAAUUAUAUGGCGUAAUAUAAUUUAUUACCCAUUAAAUGUUCAUGUUGAUGAAACUGAUUCAAUGGAUAAAAAUCCUACCCUAAAAAAACAAGGAUCAAGAAAAGCCAUAUUGAACAACAUUAGUGGAAUGUUUAGCAGUGGCCAAAUGACCGGUAUCAUGGGCCCUUCUGGUUCGGGUAAAACAGUUCUUUUGAAUUGUAUUGCCGGAUUUCUUCCAAUUCAUAUCCGAAAAGAAAACACUGGCGAUAUUCUUGUAAAUGGCUUGAAUUCAAUACGAAUCGGAUUUGUUGAACAAUUUGAUCAUUUAUAUGAUAGAUUGAGUGUGCAAGAAACAUUAUUGUUUGCAUCGAAAAUACGUAAUGCUGCACGAUACUAUUUAAAUCAUGAAAAAGUAGUUAAUAAUGUCAUGGAACGAUUAGAUCUUGGCCAAAUGGCAGAAACCACUGUAUCAAAAUGUAGUAAUGGACAGCGUAAACGGAUUUCGAUCGCAAUAGAAUUGGUGUUCAAGUCAGAUAUACUUAUGCUGGAUGAACCGACUACAGGCGUGGACAGUGUAAGUGGUUAUCAAAUUAUGAGAGAUCUGAAAUCAUUAACCAAAAGACGAAAAGCAAUAGCGAUUUUGGCCACCAUUCAUCAACCUAGUUCCCGUAUUUUUGCCUUGUUUGAUAAUUUAAUCAUAUUAUCAUGUGAAGGGUCCAUAUUGUUUCAAGGUCGACCGAACGACCUGACACUAAUUUUACAAAAAGUUAGCUUACAAUGUCCAAUGUAUACAAGUAUAUCGGAUUUUAUUCUCGAAGUGGCAAGCGGUGAUUUCGGUCGCAAAAGUCUGCAAACAUUAUCACAUUAUAACCAUGAAAUGAAUAAAGAUCGUUUUUCGGAUGAUUUCAACGAGGUUGAAAUGAAUUCACUUCGUGAAGCUGUGAAAAGAUCUCAUCUUGGUGAUCAACGAUCUUUGGCUCUUUGUACAUGGCUAGUACUAUGGAGAUGCUUUAUUUGUAUUUAUCGUGAUCCAUUCAGUUUGCAAACUCGCAUUCCUUCGCUGACAUUGAUAGCCAUAUUUUUGAUUUCUUUAUAUGGUGAUACCGUUGGUCAGAUUUCGACAUGUGCAACAAAAUAUUUUCUUUGGGAUGCGAAAAUUGAAAAUAUCUUAGAAUUAAUGGAAGAACAUUCAAGACGUGCACAUGAAAAUCUAUCCGUAAUACUAUUGUUGAAUAUUGUAGCUUUGUUCAAUUCUUUGCUUCAAUUGGUGAUAACGAUACCAAAAGAAAUUUAUGUAUUCCGCCGUGAAUAUAAUAAUUAUAGCUAUACCAUAUUCACAUAUUUUUUAGCUAAAUCAAUUAGUGAACUUCCAUUCACAAUAAUCACAACAUUUUUAUUUACAUUUGCAGUUUAUCUUGGAACAGGACAAAUAUUUGACCAUUGGAGUCGUAUUUGUUACAGUAUUUUGCCAUGUUGUUUGAUCACAUUGAUUGGACAAUUUGUUGGAAUGAUGAUUGGAACAAUUUUCUAUCGAAGCCAAAUACAAGCAGUGUUCUCAAUGACUAUCAUAUUGGUACCGAUAUUAAUAUUUUCUGGUUAUUUUAAAAUGAUUUCUCAAAUGAGUAGCAUAAUGGCUUUUCUCUCAUACAUGUCAUUUCUAAGACCAUCAAUGAAUUCAAUGAUGAUAGCUAUCUAUGGACUUGAUCGUUGUAUUGUUGAGGUUCAAAAAGAAUUUCAACAAAUUCAUUCGAUGAAUCGAACACGGCCAGAUUGGAUAGAUUCCGUUGCAACAUUAGUUGAUGUAUAUGCUACUACAUAUAAUCAAACACAAUUAACUACAUUAGAAAACGAAGAAAAAUUGAUCGGAUUUAUGGGAAUCGGUAAUGGUCCAAAUGAUCGGCGACCAUUUGUACUACAAUAUUGGGAACUUUCCGAAACUCUUGAUAGUUAUUAUCAUGAAAUCUAUCAUUUGAUCAUCUAUAAUCUUGUAUUAGCUGUUUUGGUUUAUUUAACAAUGUUUAUUCGAUUGAAACGGGAAAAAAAUUAAACCAU